GCUCCAACAUUUGCAAGUCAACUGCUUGACAUGGGUAGUGGUCAUUUCGAUACUGUGCUGGAUACUAAUGCUUCAACAACUAGAAUUGCCAUGGAGAUCACAAUGACCACUUGUUCCAAAUGUCACCUGUGCUCAUCUCUUCUGUAUGAUGAGGAAAUAAUGGAAGGCUGGUCAGCUGAAAACUCAAAUUUCAAUACUCGGUGUACUUUCUGUAAAACAAGACUGGUUCCACUGUUGACUGUGGUUAUCAGGGAUAUGAGGGUUGAUGAAUUAAGUGACACCAAUUUAACACCUGCUCUUUCUAUGGAGAGCAUACGAAGUGCUCCACCCGCAUCUCAGCUGUUGCAUCACGAAGGGAACCUGCGACACAGAACUCCUCCUACUCCCAACAGAGGGCGAUCUCUUGACAGAAAUGUACUUCAUAGGAGCAUGGACUCUGACAAUGCUGCAUUAUUCGUGUUUGAAGACAGUCCUGAUUCUGGAAGUUUAGCAGGAAGCUCAAGAGGGGGGACUCCCAUUGAUAGUCCACGUCGAUUCAGCUUGAGUCAGGACAAUCCUCACAAGUCCACAGUGUACCGUCCUUCCUCAAGUCUAAAGUCUCUAAAUACGUCCAAAGAUCUGAUAGACUUUGAAUCAUCUGUUUCUGCACCUCCAUCUAGUAACGUUUCAAAUAUGUCAGCAAGUAAAAAGGAUACAUCAGAACCAUAUCCAGGAACAGAAAGUAUGCUGAAUGAAAAGAAAACGAGAUCAAAAGAGAAUCUCUCGGAUGGUACCAAUCCAGUUGUGCAAAGUAUUCCACCUCGUGUACCUUCCUCUGCAACAUCUUCCGGUGUUGACUUGAGAAGGCUGGGUAACUUAGAUGGAGGUAUUACACUUGAACCUCUGUCAGUGCCUUUUCUCAGCCCUCUAGUGUUAAGAAAGGAAAUAGAAUAUGUGCUUGAUCACGAAGGUGAUGACUGUUUGACAAAACCAGAGUUUGUGGACCAGCAUCCUAUAAUUUAUUGGAACUUGGUAUGUAGUUUUUAAAACUUUCUAGGUGUAAGGCUGUUG